AAAUUUAUUAGUUAAGAUGUAUAAUAAAGUUAUUUCAACUGCUCCUGGAAAACUUAUUUUGACUGGAGAGCAUUCUGUAGUUUAUGGAAAGGAAGCAUUAGCCUGCAGUUUGAACCUAAGAACUGAAUGUACUAUACAGACUCUUAAAGAUAAUUUUGAAUUAUGUUUGGAAAUUCCAUUAUUGGACUUGGCUACUAGUUUUAGUAUUGAAGAUAUUUCGCAGCAGAUCCAUCAAAAUGAUGUUGAUCCAGAGGAACUUUUUUCUUCAUCUCUGGUUUUCUUUUCUAAAUACAUGGCUAUGUUUGAUGUUAAAGUAAAGCAAACUGCUGUGCAUGUUCUUUUGUUCCUUUUUUCUGGAAUUGCUCUUCAACAUAUGAAGAAGAAUAAUGUUGGGAUGAAAGUUUUUAUAACAUCAACGUUGCCUAUUGGCUGUGGCUUGGGUUCGUCAGCUGCUUUAGCAGUUGCAGUUGCUUCAUCUUUAUUAGUAUAUUGCAAUCUCAUUAGUGAAAAUUAUUGGGUAGAAAAGGAUAUUAUGUUGAUCAAUAAGUGGGCAUAUUUAUGUGAGAAGAUAAUUCAUGGUAAUCCGUCUGGUAUUGAUAAUGCAGUUAGCAUCUUUGCUUUUAAUAAAGGUGACUGCAUUAGUUUUAAAUCUGGUGAAAUUAAUAGAAUUCAUUGUGGAAUUGAUAUGAAAGUCCUUAUUAUUAAUACUGGUGUUUCACGCAAUACAAAAGACAUUGUGACUUCGGUGCGUGAAAAAAGUGAGAAGUUCCCUAUGGUAUACCAUAGUUUAUUUGAAACAAUGGAUAAAGUUUCCACUACCUUCAAAAAUUUGCUAACAGUUAAUGCAGAUGAAGAAAAAAACAAGAGCAGUUAUUUUGAGCAUUUAAUUGAUAUCAAUCAACAUUUAUUGGAAGCGAUUGGUGUCUCUCACCCUGUAGUUAAUAAAGUUAUUACUAUAUGUAAAAAACAUGGAUUGCACCCUAAAAUUACCGGAGCAGGUGGCGGUGGCUGCGUUUAUUCGUUAGUGACUGAUAUUUCUCAAUCCGUUUUAGACUUAAUAAUUAAUGAUAUAAAAGAAUAUGAUUGGUGGGUGACGAAAUUAGGAGGAGAUGGUGUUAAGCUUAUACAUGCUAACUAAUUUUUAUAUUUUAUAAAUUUUAUAUUUUACUAUCCAUGUUACUCAAAACAAAAAUGACAAACAGAACAUUUAUUCUACCUAAAAAUAUACAUGUUAAAAAACUA